AUGGAGGGUGCAAUCAUCAGCUUGACCGAGGGCGCCGUGCGAGGCCUCCUGUGCAAGCUCGGCGGCCUCCUCGCGCAGGAGAGCUGGCCGGUGCAGCGCCUCCACGGCGAGGUCCAGUACAUCAAGGACGAGCUCGAGAGCAUGACCGCCUUCCUCCGUAGUCUGGCCGAAUCGUCCGACGGCCACGACGACCAGGUCCGGGUCUGGGUGAAGCAGGUGAGGGAGAUCGCCUACGACGCCGAGGACUGCAUCGACGACUACGUCCGCGGCCGCCAGCCGUUCGACAGGGACGGCGGCGCCGUCAUGGCGUCCCUCCGCCGCUUUGUCCGUCUGCUCGCCACGCUAGGAUCAGGCGGUGGUGGUCGCCGUCACCGGCGCAUAGCGGCCCAGCUCCAAGAACUGAAGACUCGCGCCAGGGACGCCGGCGAGCGGCGUUCCAGGUACGGGGUGCUGCCGCCAAAGACGGCGCUCGGGCGUGCCAGCAGCCACGCGUCCAGCUCCGGCGUCUCCGGCCGCCUGGACCCGCGGCUGCACGCCCUCUUCACCGAGGAGGCGCAGCUGGUGGGCAUCGACGGGCCGAGGGACGAGCUCGUGGGCUGGCUGAUGGAGGACGACGCGCGGCUCCGGGUGCUCGCCGUCGUCGGGUUCGGUGGGCUCGGCAAGACCACGCUGGCGAGGAUGGUGUGCGAGAACCCACGGGUGAAGAGCGCUGACUUUCAGUGCUCCCCGUUGCUCAUCGUGUCGCAGACGCUAAACGUCAGGGCGCUGUUCCUGCACAUGCUCAGGGAACUGACCCAGCGGCCGCGCCUGGCUGCCGGCGACGAUACCAUGGAUGAUAGCUUGCACGGGGCGGAGAGCUGGGAAACGGCGCUGCUGGCCAACAAGCUCAAACUUUACCUGCAAGACAAAAGGUGAGUUGCUAACAAAAUUCUAAAUGUACAUGCUCCAGAAUGGUCUGGGGAGGUUCGCAACAUUGUCUACUCAUCUAAUCGGAAAUCUGUAUAUGUUGUCGAUCGUGUGACUCUAUGGAACUGAUGGGGAGGUACCCUUCUUUGCCUGGGAGUUAUAUUUGGUUUAGUUCGCUGAAUCUGGUUUGGGUUUGCACUAAUCUUGCGUACUAAGUUUUUAGUGUAUAAUCUGUUUGUAGGUCCCACUAUUUGAUUAGUGGACGCAACUGAUGGGGGCAUGGAGAUGAUGGCAAGGCAUCACGCUGUGGUGGUGGCGAGGGGGCCAUCGAUGAAGGCGGCGAUGACAGUGGCUGCCUACAUAAGCGAUGCAUGGAUGGGGGAGGUGAAGUGGCGAGGGCUGGGAAGGUGGAGAACGACAAUCGGGGGAGAUGGAGUGGUGGCAAGAUUGGACGAGCUCACCUCCGGAGUGUGUGGGCAAGAUUUCCUUUUCGGGUCGGCCGGCUUUUUUUUAAAGCAUGUGCAUGCAUGAGUUGGGGCUUAUUUCCAGCGGUGAACAUGCAUGGGUAAAACCGUUUUCUUUUGCGAAAGGGGAGGGGAGACA